GUUGUCCCGCCCUCCUCCAAAAAAAGCAGCGGGGACGCUCCCAGCCUCCAAGUCGGAGUCAGGACGAAGUUUGCGCAGAAGCUCCUUUAGCGGCACCGCAGCGUAACAGAGGCGAAGGAGCUGAAGGAAAUCUGCUCCCACCUGGAAUAAAACCUCGCUUGGAGAGAAGCUUCCAGUGAAGAACUGGACUGUGCUGUGUUUGUACGUCUCACACAAAAUGACGCUUCAGAGGGCACUGUUGUUUCUCAGCUGGACCCUCGUCCGUGUGGACUUCUGUCUGAGCCAGAGCAACUGCACUGGGGUGGACUGUCCCGUCCUGCACAACUGCAUAGAGACGGUCCUGGAGGCAGGCGUCUGCUGCCCCGCCUGCCUCCACAAGGGCUGCACCUGCGAGGGCUACCAGUACUAUGACUGCGUCCAAGCAGGCUUCCGUCAGGGGAAAGUCCCGGAGCAAGAGUCCUACUUUGUGGAUUUUGGAAGCACCGAAUGCUCCUGUCCCCAGGGAGGAGGGAGGAUAACGUGCCGUUUCAUUCUGUGCCCUGAAAUUCCCCCCAACUGCAUCGACGUUUUACAACCUGCCGAUGGAUGUCAGCAGUGCGGGCGAAUCGGCUGCACCCACGGCAGCAGGAAGUACGAGGCGGGCCACUCGUUCCAGGUGGACCGGUGCCAGGUUUGCCACUGCCCGCUUCGAGGCGGGACGCUAAUGUGCUCGCCCGUGCCCGGCUGCGACUCCAACGCUGCUGAGACGCCACUGGACGCAACCACUGGAAACCAGCAGAGCAGCCGGCGUCACCGUCCUGCAGAGCUGCUUUCCAGGCUCACACUGGAAAACACUUUACCACUGUACAAGCAGGACCCACCCAGUCUUGGCACAGAGGAUUAUGACUACUCACCGGCAGAGCCAACAUCUUCUACUGUUCAAAAUCUGGCCCAACCACUGGAAUCUACUACAGUACCACUGGUUCACCCACAUUCAAGCUUGACUUAUGGCAGCAGGCAUGAGAAGGUCCCACAGAACCCAGAUCCGAUCCCUGCAGGGGCUCAAACACGCACAGCCACAGAGACCACAGAGAGCCACACACCACAGGAGGAGCUGCUUCACACCAUGGGAGCGGUGCCGGACACCGUCCACGGCAGCAGGGAGGGGGGGCAGCGCGCUGGAGGCCCUAAACAGGAGCAGACCUCCAUUCAGUUCAGGCCCACCAGUGCAUCUCCAGUCAGGAUGAGCGAGCACGAAGAUCGGCAUCACAGGCAGCCUCACACCCUCCACAGCUCCAACACCGAGGAGGAGGAGGCACAAGUGUCUGCCAAGGAGCUUGUGAGGACCUGCUGCGAGACGGGGGAGAAAUGGGCUUCAGCUAAUGGUCACUGCGACAACAUGGACCCGCCCAUAAAAGACAGACACUCCAUCUGCUGGACGGCCCAACAGCAGUGCUGCCGCAGCUCCUUGAGACGCAGCCAGUGUUUGGCUGGAAUCAACGCAGCCAGGACAGCGAGCGUUUGUGAGGACGGUGAUAAAUGUGGGAUAGAUUCCUACAAGGAGUGCUGCUACUGCUGUUCACUGGGGCUGCAGUUCCGCAGCGAAGGCCACCGCUGCGACGCCCACCACUACCUGGGCUUCCAGUGCAGACAUGUCUUCCUCACCUGCUGCCAGGGGGACGAGUGGACUGAGAGUCAGGACGGGUGGCACGGUGUCAGAGAAAGGCCGGCUCUUAGGCCCACUGCACCACCAACUAGAGUGACUGACAGCCCGUUCCCUAAAGAGGCCUUCUCCAUUGGCGAGGAGCAGGACAACGCGGUGGAGGUGGAGGACAUGGACGAGUGCCUCAUAUACGAGGGCAACAUCUGCCACCACAGAUGUGUCAACACGCCGGGCUCCUAUCGCUGCGAGUGCUUCCCUGGAUACCAGCUGCAGGACGACGCUUUCACUUGUGCCGAGACCGUGAGCACGGAGAACAGACUGGAGGAUGAGGCCACCUCCCCCCUCACGCCUCCCCCCCAGCCCCUCGCCCCAUUCAAUCCAUGUGAAGGAAACAACCCCUGUGAGCAGCUCUGCAGCCCAGUGGGAGGACGGCCUCAGUGCUCCUGUUCCACGGGGUUCUCCCUCGGGCCUGACGCACUCUCCUGUGAGGACAUAAACGAGUGUUUGUCUUCCGGCGCCUGCCAGCCCAGUGAACGCUGCGUGAACACUGCAGGGAGCUACGUCUGUCAGGCAGUGAUCAGCUGCCCCUCAGGAUUCCACGUCCACAGCAACGCGUGUGAAGAUAUUAAUGAGUGUUUGCAGAGCAGCCAUAACUGUGGGCCUGGCUUCGACUGCGUGAACACCGAGGGCUCCUUCAGGUGCAGCCCCAAACCUCGCUGCCCUGCUGGCUUUGGCCGCGAUGCACAAGGGAAGUGCACAGACACUGAUGAGUGUGGCACCUUGGCCCAACCGUGCAGCCCCGGAUUCAACUGCAUCAACACGCCAGGAUCCUACAUGUGCCAGCGAAGGAUAAUGUGCAGCCGCGGCUUUCACGCCAGCCCCAACGGCUCCAGCUGUGUCGACGUGGACGAGUGUCAGAGCGGCCUGCAUCGCUGUGGAGACGGCCAGCUGUGCCGCAACCUGCCCGGCUCCUACCGAUGUGAAUGUCAGACGGGGCAUCAGUACGACUCGUUCCGGAGGACGUGUGUAGAUGUGAACGAGUGUUGGCGCUACCCGGGACGUCUGUGUGCCCAGACCUGCGAAAACACCCCGGGCUCCUAUCAGUGCUCAUGUACCUCUGGCUUCCGCUUAUCCGGCGAUGGCAAGAACUGUGAAGAUGUGAAUGAGUGUGUGUCCAACCCCUGCAGCCAGGAGUGUGCCAACGUCUACGGCUCCUACCAGUGCUACUGCAGACAGGGCUUCUACCUGCGUGAGGACGGACACAGCUGUGAAGACAUCGACGAGUGCUCCCAGAGCGUGGGACACCUCUGCACCUAUAAGUGUGUGAACGUCCUGGGCAGCUACCGCUGCGCGUGUCCCGAGUCCGGCUACAGCGUGUCGCCCAACGGACGCUCGUGCAGAGAUAUCGACGAGUGUGACACGGGGACCCACAACUGCUCCCUGGCUCAGACCUGCUACAACGUCCAGGGAAGCUUCCGCUGCCUGGCCCUCCACUGUCCACCCAACUACCGCAAAGUGUCCAACACGCGCUGUGAGCGGAUCAGCUGUCCCAGCUACCUGGAGUGCCAGAACUCCCCCCUGAGGAUCACCUACUACUACCUGAGCUUCCAGUCCAACAUCGUGGUCCCCGCUCAGAUCUUCCGCAUGGGCCCGUCUCCCGCCUACUCCGGGGACGACGUGAUCGUCAGCAUCACGCAGGGGAACGAGCAGAGCUACUUCAGCAUCAGGAAGCUCAACGCCUACACGGGGGCGCUGUACCUGCAGCGGCAGGUGGACGGGCCCAGGGACUUCCUGGUUCACGUGGAGAUGAAGCUGUGGAGGCAGGGCACGUUCACCACGUUCCACGCCAGGAUUUACGUCUUCAUCACGGCUCACGCGCCGUAGCCGCCGCUGAUCCGUGGCCGUUUGGACCUCGGCUCCGUUCGGGACCUUUACUGCACCGUUGAACGCUGUCAUAAACCGCCUGCCGUCAUUAGUUCGUCCUCCUUCUGUCCAGCUGCAAUAAAUACUCAGACACAGCUUGAAGUCACUUUCACUGUGUGUAUUUUGCAUUUCAUUUGCAUUUAAGCUGAAGAAUAACUGUCACAUAUUCUGAAGGAAAACUACAUAAAGACUACAUUCACAUAUUGACCAUCACUGGCCAGUGUAUUAGGAACACCUAUAAUCUAAACUUGUACACGGUCAUUUAUCAUUUAUAUGUUUCUCACUGUGACAGUCGCAGUGGACGGUGUCUGGUCCCACAGUGAAACAUGGGUUUAAUCAGAUGUGAGUAAAUAUUAAUAAUGACAACAAACAACCUUUUUCACCUUCUUUAGUAUUUUAUAUAUUACGUUAAUCACAUUUUGUGCAUCUGUGUGUGAAGUGUUAGCAUCACUAUGCUGAUCAAAUGGAUUUGUCAUAUAUAUAUAUAUAUAUAUAUAUAUAUAUAUAUAUAUAUAUAUAUAUAUAUAUAUAUAUAUAUAUAUAUAUAUAUAUAUAUAUAUAUAUAUAUAUAGUAAGUUGUUGCUCCUUUGAAGAAGCAUUUAAUCAAACUUGUGUCAUAAAAUGUCUAUGAAACUGUGGCCGUUUCAUAGUUUAGUGUCAGAUUCAUCUCACACUCUCUGUGCAGUGUUGGAUAAUUGUAUUUAGGGGAAGACGCUGUUGUUUAUCAUCUUCCCUUGACAGACGUGUUCAUAUGUUGUGUUCAGUGAAUAUUCUUCCUUUGUGAAGUUGUUCAUGUAUUUCCUCUUUUCCUGUCAGGACUUGUCCUCCAGUAAACUUCCAGCCUAUUUACAGACCUGUUCA